AUGCGGAUUGACAUGCAGACAGACAGACAGGCAGACACAUGCAGCCAGACUGACAGGCAGGCAGGCAGGCAGACACAUGCAGCCAGUCAGACAGGCAGCCAGACAGACAGGCAGACACAUGCAGCCAGACUGACAGGCAGGCAGGCAGACACAUGCAGACAGACAGGCAGGCUGGCAAAUACAUGCAGCCAGACUGAGAGGCAGGCAGGCAGACAAAUGCAGCCAGUCAGUCAGACAGACAGGCAGACACAUGCAGCCAGACAGACAGGCAGGCAGGCAAAUACAUGCAGCCAGACAGACAGACAGACAGACGAGCAGACACAUGCAGCCCGUCAGACAGACAGACAGGCAGACACAUGCAGCCAGACUGACAGGCAGGCAGGCAGACACAUGCAGACAGACAGGCAGGCUGGCAAAUACAUGCAGCCAGACUGA